AUGCGGGAGCCCUCUAAGAAAUCCAAGAAGGCGAAGAAAGCUAAGCUGGGAGAAUCCUCUAGAUCAAGACCCCCAGUUCCUCUGGUUAGCUCUCCAGGUAAGUCUGUAUCUCUCCCUCGCUCUGUCAAAAUUAAACCAAUUGCUUCUUCUCUUCCCCAAACAACUCCCAUAUACACCCCUGCUGAAACUCCUCCCUCAACCACCAGAUGCUCUAACCCACCUUCUCUGAAAUUCAACCUCGCCACCACAACAUUACCAGUUUCAGAACUCCAAGCCCAUGCUCUGGCCUCUCAACAGCCAUCACAUCCUAAACCUGAACCUGAACCAGAAGUCACUUCCCCACCUCCGAAACAUCCAAAUCCAACUACAUUUGAACCACCUCAAGCAUCAUCUAAACCACAACCAACCCACUAUGAACCACAACAAACCCACUAUGAACCACAACCAACCCAACCACCAUCUGAACCAACCCCACAACCUGAACUAUCCUCACAGACCCACUCUGACAUACCACCACCCAUCACUUCCGAUGACUCAACAACUCCCACACUUAAUCUAAGUGUCCCUAUCUCACCCUCCCCAGCCUCUACAACUGAACCAGAAACUACCCUUCCUACCCUUGAAGAAGCAAUCCAGGUUUUUGCAGAGUCGUCAGUUGAGAAGGUCAAAGACGCUGGGAUUAGACUUCAAGAGUGCCUAACCAGAGAAGCUGAGGAACGGGCAAGGAAGGAAGUUGAAGAGAAAGCACGCCAAGAAGAACUUCACAGAAUCAGAGAAGCUGAAGCAAAGGCUAUUGCUGAUGCUGCUGCUGCUGAGGCUGAGGCAAAAGCUAAAGCCGACGCUGAAGAAGCCGCUCGCAUUGCUGAAGAAGUUGCUGCCAAAGCCAACGCUGAUGAACUGACUCAGGGGGAGCACUCCAACUCUGGGUUCGUCCCUCUGGUCUUGAAUACUCUAGAGGAACUGCAGAAAGAACAUCAGGUAGUUCGGGCUAGGCUAGAUCAAUAG